GGAACAUCGCCUGCUCAAUAACACCAUCCUAUCUUGCUGUUCAUCACCUCUUCUCGCUCUCUAGUCUCAUAUUACACCCUUUAACAAAUCUACGUCGAGGGCUUGGUCGGCCAGGACCACCACGACCAAGCAUGUCCACCUUGCGUAGGAGGAUCGCCAAUGUUUUGAGAGAAACCCCGUCUCCCAGUCCAAGUCGCGACAGCACCCCGGAUCCUGGCGAAGAAGUCAAACUCAUCUCAACUGCAAAGCUUGAUAAGCUGACCAAAAGGAAAAGCAGCAAGAAGAGAUCCGGCAUUAUCUUUGGCUUAGGCGGUCUUCUUGGACUGGUGCUCGCAUUAUUGUUUGCCGAGUCUCAGGAUGUCAUCAAGUUGGAAGGACUUCUCGAAGUCAAUCUGGAUAGUUUGAUGGAUGUGAUACCUGCUGGUAUUAUCAAAGAUGUCAAGGACUUGUCCAAGGCCGAGAGAGAUGCGGUCAACUACGACUCCUUCUCUGUUGGUCUUCAUUUACAGUCCCAAGGCGUCACUGCCCAUCAUCCCGUCAUCAUGGUGCCUGGCGUCAUCUCGACGGGCCUCGAAUCGUGGUCAACAAGCAGUCAAUCCAGACCAUAUUUUCGUAAGAGGCUGUGGGGUUCGUGGUCCAUGAUGAGGGCUCUCGUCCUCGACCAGGCUGCUUGGAAGAAGCACAUCAUGCUGGACAAGGAUACUGGUUUGGACCCGCCUGGAAUCAAACUUCGAGCGGCUCAAGGAUUUGACGCGACCGAUUUCUUCAUCACGGGCUAUUGGAUAUGGAACAAGAUCUUGGAGAAUCUCGCGACCAUUGGAUACGAUCCCACCAACGCUUAUACUGCUGCAUACGACUGGAGAUUGGCUUACCACAACCUCGAAGUUCGCGACCAGUAUUUUACCAGGCUCAAAAACUACAUCGAGGUUGGCAAACAGACCUCAGGCAAGAAGGUCGUACUGGUGUCGCACUCUAUGGGCAGUCAGGUCUUGUUUUACUUUAUGAAAUGGGUGGAACACAAAGAUCAUGGCAAAGGUGGAUCGUCAUGGGUGAAUGAUCAUAUCGAUUCUUGGAUCAACAUUUCCGGUUGCAUGUUGGGCACGGCCAAGGAUAUUCCGGCAGUUUUGUCAGGUGAGAUGAAAGAUACUGCUCAACUCAACGCCUUUGCUGUGUACGGACUGGAGCGAUUCUUGUCCAAGGAAGAAAGAGCAGAGAUCUUCCGCGCUAUGCCUGGGAUCUCGUCCAUGUUGCCCAAAGGUGGAGAGGCUGUCUGGGGCAACAGUACCUGGGCUCCAGAUGAUCUCCCCUACCCACAACAGAACACCACCAACGGUAUCUUCUUAUCGUUCAAGCCGAAGGCGAAUUCGACAGAGAUACCGCACAAAAAUCUGACCAUGUCGGAAUCACUUGAAUACCUAAAUCAAAACUCCGAGGACUGGUAUAAGGACCAGAUCAAACACGCCUAUUCUCAUGGCGUGGCCCAUACCAAAGCAGAAGUUGAGAAGAAUGAAGACAUUCCCCGGAAAUGGAUGAACCCCUUGGAGGCGAGACUUCCCAAUGCGCCCAACCUGAAAAUCUAUUGCUUCUACGGGAUUGGAAAGUCGACGGAGAGAGCAUACUACUACAAGGAGACGGACAACCUAUCACAGGGGAACAUCAACAUCUCAAUUGACACGUCGGUCUCGACACCGAACGGUAAGCUGCAACAGCUCGGCUCAGUUGACCGGGGAGUUAUAUUUGGUGAGGGAGAUGGCACAGUCAACCUCGUAUCCACCGGCUACAUGUGCGCCAAAGGCUGGAGGAACAUCAAACGCUACAACCCUGGCGGUGUCAAGAUCAAGACUUAUGAGAUGCCUCAUGAGCCUGAUAGAUUCAGUCCGCGAGGAGGACCCAACACAGGAGAUCACGUCGAUAUCUUGGGCCGAAGCAGUCUGAAUGAUCUGAUCCUUCGAGUCGCUGGAGGGAAAGGGGAUCAGAUCGAGGAAAACUAUGAAAGUCGGAUAUGGGAGAUUGGUGAAAAGAUACAGAUCUUCGAUGAUGAGUAAAACAUCACGGGACAUGACCGGUAGUUGAUGAACGACCUAUGAUGAGUUGCAUAGCCAUGGUGGGACUCGGCGUUGAGGCGACGGGCCAUUUGUACAUUAUUUUAGACUGUUUGAAGGAUUUCAUCCAGAUAACAAGAUACCCUGGUAGUGUGAGUAUGAAGGAGGCGAUUGAGACGGACUAUACAAAUGCAAAACGUAAGUAUAUCACUCUUGUACGCG